ACAGCCGCGGAGGUCGGACGUGUUGAGAGUUCGUCUGUGACACUCGGGGCUCUGACUCGCACCGUGAGAACUCCAUUGGUUUCUUCUCGGACAUUGCGCCGGUUAUUUGCGAUAUUUUGUCGUUGUUGUAUUUGUGAAGUGACAGUGACAGAAGGAAGAAAAAAAAGAGAGAGAGAUUGAAGGAAAAAGAAAGAGUAUCUCUAUGUUAAAAAAAGAGAAUAAUUUGUGAUGUGAGAACUGACACUUCCAAGGACAUAUCAACAUAUGGACUCGAAUGCUUUCGGAUAAGCGAAAAACAUAACGAGCAGAACGGCUUUGACAGAAAACAACGCGACCUUAUACUGCUACCCAAACGGCACUUGGUCUCGCAUCUCGUUCUAUAACGACUGCCUCAACGUCGUUAUGAACAACACUGAAGAGAGUGUUUCUACGACCGUCAGCACGAGCCAGACCAUCUUCUACAUCGGCAAUUCGCUGAGUCUCGUGGCAGUCACAUUGGCUCUCUGGAUUUUCAUCUCCUUCAAAGACCUGAGAUGCCUGAGGAAUACCAUCCAUACCAACUUGCUCUUCACGUACCUGCUGCACAACCUCUUCUGGAUCGUGUAUGCUUCGGUGCAGACGUUGGUCAACGAGAGCAUCGGCUGCACGUUCUUUGUGUCUCUAAGUUACUUCAAUUUAACCAACUUUAUGUGGAUGUUUGUGGAAGGACUUUACCUCUACAUGCUGGUGGUCAAAACUUUCUCUGUGGAAAACAUCAAGCUACGAGUCUACACUUUAAUAGGAUGGGGUAUACCCGUCGCCAUUAUAAUAACUUGGGUCAUCCUCAAAUCGAACUUGACAGUCGCGCACUCACCUCUUCCUCCUCGCCAACAGACCGGUCCCGAAUUAGGCAUGGAGAACAUAGACGUGGAAGGCCUCUUGAGAACUUGUCCUCUGAUGCCGGUCAGCCACGUCGACUGGAUUCAGAAAGUUCCCAUUCUCUUUUUCCUAUCCACCAAUUUCAUCUUCCUCAUGCGCAUAAUGUGGGUCCUCAUCACCAAGCUCCGUUCCGCCAACACGGUCGAGACGCAACGCUACCGGAAAGCGACGAAGGCUCUGCUGGUGUUAAUUCCUCUCCUCGGCCUCACCUACAUGCUGCUCAUCGCCCUGCCACAGGAGCUCGAACACGUCAGGGCCAUUCUGCUGUCUACGCAGGGCUUCUGGGUAGCGGUGUUCUUCUGCUUCCUGAACAGCGAAGUGCAGAACAGCAUCCGACACCACAUCGAGAGAUGGAAAACGGAGCGAGGAAUCACAGACCCGAGGAAUCCUUCGAUUAGACUGAGCAGGGACGGCUCUCCGAGACCCAGGACGGUCUGUUCCAGUUACGGCAGACGACUCUUUGGCAGCAAGAGGGAGUCCCUUUGUUCCGAAGUGACCACGAUGACCACCUACGUCGCCAACGGCUACAACCCCAACAACCAACAGGCGGGGAACCAAUUACAACCACAGCCACAACCACAGCAACUACAACCUCCUCUCUCGCCCACUCCCGUCAGCCAGCAGUCCGGCGUUCAGUUGCAACAGCAGCAGCCACAGCAGCCUCUCAAUCCUGUUAACAGUCAGACCGGCAUUCAGUUGCAAACUAGGAACCUCAAUGGAUCACACAACUCGAACUCGGGUCCUGUGGGUGGCGGAGAGCGAGGAGAAGGAGGAGAAGGAGGAGAUAAAGAAGGGGAAGGGCAGGGCGAGAAGAUCAUUAUCAAGGACUCGGUUUUGUAAGAAAAGGAGGAGAAAGAGGAGAAAAGAGGAAGAAGAAUAUUAUAAACGUCCAGUGGAGGAGGGAUAGAAAGGGAGGUAGAUUAUAAGUGAAGAGAAAAAAUAUAUAUAAGAACAAGGAAUAGUGAAAAAAAGCAUGAGUUGAAAAUACGAACAGGGUAUUUUCAAUUUGCAAGGAAGUGCGUCCAUAUAAAAAUAUAUGAUAAUUACACCUAUACCAAGGCUUUAAUCCACAGGCUGCGAAGCAAAUCCCCGAAAGACAGCAAAAAUUAGAAUCAAAAGCUUAGGCAAAACCAGCAAGGCAUCUCGAACAAAGAAAUCGACGUAGCAAUGACAGCAGGACUUCAAAAUAAAGAACGGACAUGAACAGGAACAUAGACAAACAGAGUUUCCUAAACCACAGAUACAAAAAAAUAACAAAAGAAAAGAAAAAAAGAAAGAAAUGUAAUAAUCAAAUCGCAGAAACAUCUCUCGCUUUAGAUAAAACAGUGUGAUAAGAACGAGAGGGAGAAAAAUGAAGUCAAAGGUUCGAAUAUCCUUUUUCAAAGUGUAUGGAUCAUAUUACAUGAAUAUGAGAGAGAGAGAAAACAAGUUAAACUCUACGUUCCUCGAGUCUGUAUUAGAUUCUCUUAUAUUGUGCUCUGAAUGUACUUAAAUGUCGACUCUGUUGUGACAAAUAUCCAUUUCUUUCCAUAUCUAUUUUGAGUCUAUUAAAAAAUACUAAGAUGUGUCUUUAUAUGUAUGUAUAUGUCUGCAGAUUCAUAUGCAUCAAAGAUAAAAGGUAAAGAUAGAAAAGAAACAACAUAAAAGAGAGAUCUUAUGAUAUAUAUUCAUGUGCUUAAAAAACAAACAAACAGAUAACGCGCUCAGUUUUACACGAAGAGAUAGUUUCCGAAAACAUAAUAUAUUUAAAGUUAGGAAAGACAUUACGUUCAGAUUCAGAACCUUUAGAAGGGAUGAGUAUAGGAAAAAUGUGAAAAAGUAUUAUACAUACAUAAACACACAUAUAUGUGUCUUUGUGUGUAUGUGUGUGUGUGUAUAUAUAUACACACACAUACACACACACACACACACACACACACACACACACAC